UCCACCAGUCCAAUCUCCGCUGCUCUGGAAGCUGCUCCCGUCGCUUCCUCAAUAAAAAUAAAAUCCAGAACCAAAACCCCAAUCAUUCCAAUCCUCUCUCUCUCUCUCUGAGAGGAAAAAAUAGGAGAGGACAGGCUCCGAAAUCUCUCCAUGGCUCUCGCUUGCUCUCUCCCUUGCUUGCCUCUGGCUCGCCCGUAUACUGCCGAUCCUUGGUCACCAUCGAUGCCUAUAAAUCGUCUCUCUGUCUCCCUCUCUUCUUCUCAUCCCCCUUCUUUCUGGGCCAAGAGGGCCAACCCCUUCUCCACCUCCCGAAGAGCCCGAUCCGGAGCAAGGGCAGAGAUGCAUGAAUCUGGAAGUACUUUGGCUGUAGAUGCUUUCACAAAUGUCAAACAUGUGCUUCUUCCAAUUACCGACCGGAACCCUUACCUCUCAGAAGGAACAAGACAGGCUGCAGCAACCACCACUACUCUCGCUAAAAAGUACGGAGCUGACAUUACAGUUGUUGUUAUUGAUGAUAAGCCAAAAGAGUCAAUCCCAGAGCAUGAUACUCAACUAUCUAGUAUCAGAUGGCACCUUUCGGAAGGUGGCUUUAAGGAAUUUGGGUUGAUGGAGAGGCUUGGAGAAGGAAAGAAGCCAACUGCUAUUAUAGGCGAGGUUGCUGAUGAUUUGAACUUGGAUCUAGUAGUCUUAAGCAUGGAAGCAAUCCAUUCAAAGCAUGUUGAUGGAAAUUUGUUGGCAGAGUUCAUCCCCUGUCCUGUGUUGCUUCUGCCUUUGUAAUAUAUCCUGUUGGUGAAUUUUUCUGUGGUUUUGUGCAAUGGCGUCCGGAACAACUGCUUGUGCGGUGAGUCAAAAAAUCAUUAUCCUGGUGCAUCAGUUGCUUAAGUCGCCUAUGAAGAACAUCGAAAGCUCCCAGUGCUUUGGAAGAGUAAGCUUGCGGUGAUUUUGUGCAAAUCUGUAUUAAGGUAUGUUUGGAUAGGGGAGUUGGGUCUUUGAAUGGACAUGGAAAUGGGUAAUUUUUGUUCCUAACUAGUUGAUUGGAGGGUGUUUCAUGCCCAUUUUGAUUUAAAGAGAGAAUGAGAAUAUCCAAUCCUUGAAAAUAGUAAUUUUUAGGGUGUAUUUGAUUCACGGUGGGAAUCAAAAAAUGGAAAGAUCAUAUCUGUUGAUGUGCUUA